GGACAUUACUAGUGUAACAUACGGCUAACGUUAUAGCAUGUAGCAUUUGCAUAAACUUGAAGGAGAUCUGUGGAUAAGUGUUAUCCAGUAUACUAUGGUGUGAGACACUGAAAUGGCUGGUCGUAUUCCUCUGGUUUUGCUGGCCUGUGGCUCCUUCAACCCCAUUACCCACCAGCACAUGCGGCUGUUCGAGCUGGCUAGAGACCACAUGCAUCAGACGGGUCUGUAUCGUGUGGUGGGUGGCAUUGUAUCUCCUGUCGGUGAUGAUUAUGGUAAACAGGGUCUUGUUGCUUCGAAACACAGACUUGCUAUGGCAAGACUUGCCCUGCAGAGCUCUGACUGGGUUUCUGUAGACGACUGGGAGAGCCAGCAGGAGGAUUGGACAGAGACUGUGGUGACCCUGAGGUACCACUACGACCGCAUAGCUGCUCAGUACCACAGCAGCAAGGACCCGCCCACAGUCUCUGAGGUUCCUCAGCUGAAGCUGCUUUGUGGAGCAGAUUUCAUGGACACGUUUAAGGUGCCUGGUCUGUGGAAGGAUGAUCACGUAGAGGAGGUGGUGGGCCGCUUUGGACUGGUCUGCGUGAGCCGAGGUAGCCUGCAGCCAGACCGGGCUAUACAUGAGUCCGACUUGUUGUCCAGGCACAGGCGGAGCAUCUUUCUGGUUCGGGAGUGGGUCCAAAAUGAGAUCAGUGCUACAGAGGUCCGACGAGCCCUGCGGAGAGGCCAGAGUGUUAAAUAUCUCUUACCAGACUCGGUCAUUGAUUACAUGAGAGAGCACAACCUUUAUACACAAGACAGUGAGAUGAAGAACAAAGACGUUAAACUACGACCUCUUACCAAGCAAACAAAGACUGAUAACAAUACAUAGCCUCCAGUGGUCUUAGUCACAAGUAAUAGCAAAAUAUGUUUCAAAAGAUUACAUUUUUCUCUCACUUUUCAUUUUGAAGAUGCGAAAGCAGCUUUAGAGGAGUUGCAUAUUUUGUCUUGUGUAAAGUGAGCGUUAUCCAUGACCGUGGUUUCCUAGUGUAAUGUGUGGAGAGGGAUUUAGGAAUUUAUCCUGUCUCUGCAGGAGUUAGAUUUGCCAGAUCACUGCAGAGCAGUAGGUCUAUGUUCGGCAGGUCUGGGAUUUGUUGACUUUUGCUGAAUGUCACAAGGAAGAUAAAUAACAGAGCCUUUACACUUUGGAGAGCAAACAUUGCUUCUUCCAUUUCCAUUUGCACAGAAAGCGUCAUUCAUGUUGUCAGAUCCCUAAAGAUGUUUCAUCAAGCUUUGUCGGUGGGGGGAAAAAAGAGUUUCAGACAAAAUAAAAUAGAAGAAUGUGGGAGAUUUGAGGCGAUGUCUAUCUGAAUCGUUUCCUUUUCCUUGUACCACUGACUGUGAGUUUUGGCUCAAACCGGCUAGUUGCUUUAAGGGUGUUUUUUGCAGUGUUGAAGCCCUCCUGCUGACAGUCUUUGUGUGUGGAGUUUGGGUUUUAAAGAAAGCCUUUAUUCAUGCUGUCUUGAAAGAAAAGCCAGAUGAAUUAAUUCAACACAACUAGUCCCACUCUUCUAGAUGGCUGCUGCUUUGCACAGAAGGGCCGUGUGUGCCAAUUCAAAGCAUCAGACACUUUAACUGACAGAUGAAAGGAGUGACAAUGCAAUUUGAUCUUAUAUCAAGCACAAACCUACUUUUCUUUUAUUUAAAGAACAAAUAGACUUCAAAAUUAUGUAUUUUAUGUGAGUUAAUCUAAGAAGAGAAUUGAAAUAGUUUUUAUUUGCUACUUUAUAUUAAAGAAAUCUGCAUUAUGUGUAAGAGUAUUUUUUGUUAUCGGUAGCAUGUUGCUACAUUAUAUGGGGUAAGUUGUCACAAUGGGACCUACCAUUAAACAUUAUAAUCUUUUCA